AUGGACAAAGGAGCCCCCCUGGACCCCACUUUCCUCUUCCAGUGCAUCACAGCCAACAUCAUCUGCUCCGUUAUCUUUGGACAGCGCUUUGACUACCAAGACCGCCAGUUCCUGCGCCUGCUGGACCUGUUGUAUCAGACUAUUUCACUCAUGAGCGGGUUGUCCACCCAGCUGUUUGAGCUCUUCUCUGGCUUCCUGAAAUACUUUCCCGGUACCCACAGACAAAUCUUCAAAAACUUGAUGGAAAUUCUCAACUACAUGAGGCACAGCGUCGAGGAGCACAGGAGAACUUUGGACCCCAGUGCUCCACGAGACUUCAUCGAUACCUACCUCCUACACAUGGAGAAGGAGAAGUCCAACCAACACACGGAGUUCCACCACCAGAACCUCGUGAUCUCCCUGCUCUCUCUCUUCUUUGCUGGCACCGAGACCAGCAGCUCCACGCUCCGCUACGGCUUCCUGCUCAUGCUCAAGUACCCCCGGGUUGCAGAGAAAGUCCAGAAGGAGAUUGAUCAGGUGAUCGGCUCACGCCGCCUACCCACGCUGGAUGACCGCACCAACAUGCCAUACACUGAGGCAGUCCUCCACGAGAUUCAGAGAUUUGCGGAUAUUAUCCCACUUAGCCUGCCACACAGAGUCACCAAAGACACCGUGUUCCGAGGGUUCGUGUUUCCCAAGAACACUGAAGUGUACCCCAUUCUGAGUUCAGCUCUUCGUGACCCGCAGUACUUUGCACAACCGGACACCUUCAAUCCUGACCAUUUCUUGGAUGCCAACGGGGCACUGAAGAAAAACGAAGCUUUUAUGCCCUUCUCCAUAGGAAAGCGCAUGUGUCUUGGCGAAGGCAUUGCCCGCAGUGAAUUGUUCCUUUUCUUCACUGCCAUCCUCCAGAACUUCUCCGUGGUGAGCCCCGUGGACCCUCAGGGCAUCAGCCUCACUCCCAAGGACAGUGGCGUGUGCAAAAUACCCCCAGGGUACCAGAUUCGCUUUCUGCCCCGCUGAAUGGGCCGAGAGAAGAGAGUCAAUGAUUUUCAGGUG